AGAUCCAGUGUUGACGAAAGAAACUUGUUACCUAAAAGAAUUUCCAAUAUGUCAAAAAAUAAAAAAUAAAGAAAGAAUUUCCAAUAAAAGAAAAAAGAUAAGGUGCAUGACACAUUAAUAACACUUUACUAAUUCCAAACGACGUGAAAAACGCGUCGUUCACCGUUGAAAUUAAAUUGAAAUAUCCAAAUCAAAACGCAUAAAUAACUCAGUUCACUCCAAUUCUGUUUUUUUCCUCCCCAAGUCGGUUAGAUUGUUCGUAACCACCGUUUCUACAUUCACCUUUAUCAUCAUCAUCACCACCAUCUACAAAACUUAUAGUUGAAUUUGAAUUUUGAAUCGAAUUUAAGUUCUGUAACUGUUUGAUUAAUUUUGAAUUAUUGUAGUUGAAGCUGAAUUGAAAGGAGAAAAAGUAUAGUGAAAUUGAUUGAUUGAUUGAUUAAUGGAUCUGAAAUUUUUGUUGUUAAUAGUUUUGGAAAUUGUGUGUGUUACGAUUGCGAAUGGGAAUGAUUUAGUGUUUCAGGUGGAACGUCGGAAAACGAGUUUGAGUGGAAUUAAAGAUCACGAUGAUCAUCGUCGUGGUAGAUUUCUUUCAGAUGUUGAUAUCAACCUUGGUGGUAAUGGUCUUCCGACUCGAACCGGGUUGUAUUUCACAAAACUUGGGAUUGGUUCUCCAAAGAAGGACUACUAUGUUCAAGUUGAUACAGGAAGUGAUCUUAUGUGGGUGAAUUGUAUUGAGUGCUCAAAAUGUCCCAAGAAAAGCGACAUCGGUAUGGACUUGACCCUCUAUGACCCAAAGGGAUCUCAUACUUCAGAGUUAAUUUCUUGUGACCAAGAUUUUUGCUCUUCCACAUUUGAUGGUCCGAUUUCUGGUUGCAAGCCUGAAAUACCCUGCCCUUAUAGCAUAACUUAUGGAGAUGGAAGUUCAACUGCUGGAUACUAUGUCAGGGAUUAUCUUACUUUUGACUUUGUCGAUGGAAACCUCCAUACUGCACCGCAAAAUAGCAGUAUUAUUUUUGGGUGUGGCGCAGUACAAUCUAUGGGUUCAUCUAAUGAAGGAGCCCUUGAUGGAAUAAUUGGUUUUGGACAAGCAAAUUCUUCUGUGCUUUCACAGCUUGCUGCAUCACGAAAGGUGAAAAAAAUAUUUUCGCACUGCCUUGACAAUAUUCGUGGUGGUGGAAUAUUUGCCAUAGGGGAAUUGGUGGAACCAAAAGUCAGUACAACUCCAUUGGUACCAAAUAUGUCACAUUUCAAUGUGGUUUUGAAGAAUAUUGAAGUUGAUGGUGAUAUUCUACAGCUUCCCUCAGAUAUAUUUGAUUCUGGAAAUACGAAGGGGACAGUUAUUGAUAGUGGAACAACCUUGGCUUAUCUUCCUCUCAUAGUUUAUGACGAACUACUGUCAAAGGUUUUUGCUCGGCACUCUGGUUUGAAAUUAGAGCUUGUUGAGGGACAAUUUAAAUGUUUUCAUUAUGCUGGAAAUGUUGAUGAUGGAUUUCCAGUUGUGAAGCUACAUUUUGAGGACUCCCUUUCUCUGACAGUUUAUCCUCACGAGUACCUGUUCCCAUACAGCGAUGGUGAACGGUGUAUUGGCUGGCAGAGAAGUGUGCCACAAACUAAGGACGGAAAGGAUAUGACACUUCUUGGAGAUUUGGUACUAUCAAACAAACUAGUCUUGUAUGAUCUUGAGAAUAUGGUCAUUGGAUGGACUGACUACAAUUGCUCUUCCAGCAUUAAAGUUAAGGAUUCAUCCGGAACAGUACAUACAGUGGGUGCACACAAUCUUUCUCCAGCUUCUACCUUUCUAAAUGGUAGAACAUUGACAUUCUUUUUGCUGCUAACUGUCAUGCUAAACUGUUUUUUUAACUAGGUUUUUAUGAGUCACGUCCAUUCAUUUGAUGUUGUUGUAUCAUAAUUCUUUGAAUGAUAAGGUGUGCAGAGUGGUUGAUAUGGUAUAAUUUAAAUUUCUCCUAUAGAUGUAAUUGAGAAAGGGGCGAUUUAUUUAUAAAAAAUAAUUUUUUUUGACA